CGGAAGCAAAGAAAUCUUCCACCGAGAGAGCGGAAAGCCUGUUAGACUCUCAGAAUGAUUUGUGCGUUUGUGUCUCCUUUUGUUUAACACGAUCUUUUUUGGACCUAUUUUUCAGCCCACUCCCCGCGUGUGCGGAGCCGACUCUGAAGUCAUGGAGCCACCCAGCAGCCGGGUCUUGUGGAUUUCCGACGCAGGGCCCGGCGGGGAGGGAAAAGUGCCUCCGUUUCUCCCAGCGACCAGCCGCAGGGACACCCGCGAGCGUCCGCGGCUGGAGGCUUGGAGGAGACCGACGCGUCUUUACAGCUGCGUGGAGACCCGCUUGCCGGGACUGGGCUCUCGGGGCUGGGGAGGGAAUCAGUGCGCAGAAUGUCAGGGGAAGGCUGAAUGGGACGGUAUAAAAACUGGAACUGUUGGUGAGGAUGGAAAAAGGAAGACUGCAGGAAAGGCAGGAGAAGAUCCCAGGUGCCUUGCAUCAGCAGGCAGGGCUUAAAAUCAAAUGUCAGAGAUAGCUCAGGGACUCCUCCGUCUCCCAGCCCCAUCAUCCAAGUGUAGGAAAAACUGGUGGGAAUCAAACUAAAAAACAGAAAGACAAAGAGAGGGACACAGAGAGACAUCUUUUCCCUCUUGCCUCUAAUAGUAGUAGUAAUAUCAGCGUUCGUAUUCACAUUAUUAAUGUACCUGUUCCCAACCCUUCAUCCCCCUCAAGUUGUGCCAUGAAUACUCCUGCCAAGCGAGCCUGAUCUUUUGGCCACCCACCCACCAGCAUCCAAGAGUUAUGCAGGUGUUUAUGGCUGAAAAAAAAAAAUCCCAGUUAUGCAUCCUUGUAUUUUUAAAUACUGACUGUAAGUGAUUCAAGUAUAAUCCUUUGUAAAACGCUUUUCUCUUUGACACAUUGAAGGGGUUGAGACAGGAAAACCCGGCGUGGAUUACCCCUCCUCAACCCCUUUCCCACCUACCACCUUCGCCCCCACCCUGCCGUGGUCGGGGGCCCCUGGCCGGCCCUUGAGCUCUGAACCCAAGCAAGGAGGGCGUCCGUGCUAGCCCUUCGCCCAGGCUUGGCCCAACUUCAGUCCCAGUUGGUCUCGAUUCUCAGCGCUGGACGCGCAGGAAGUUGUUUGGUGCUCUAGUGAAGGCCGCCCGCCUUUGGCAGAGCUUUGUCUCUAAGGGGACUUUUUCCAGAGUUCAAGAAGGAGAUGAGAGAGGUUGGGGGCCGCUACCAACCCGAGAGCAACCUCCCAGCUCAGGGUGAAGACAAACAGCUCAAGGCGUCGGGCCACAAGAGAAAAGUGAACGCCCAAACAGAAAUUGUUUGCUUGCGGCCAUCACCCUGACACCUCGGGGGCCCGUCCGGCCUAAAGAGCACCGCGACAGGGCGCCACUGAGAUCAAGGCGCUGUCCUGGGAGCGCAGCACUGGCUUUGCAAAGUACCAAGGCCGUCUGAACGCGAGCCGCAAGGCCUCGCCUCCAGGAAGCGAGGUCCUCUGGUUGGUGGAAGGGGCGCACGUCGCCCAAGUGGCACCCACAGGCCUCACAUCAGAGUGAGCUAGGGCUUCGGGCCAGCCCGAAGGGCUAAAGGGGAAUCUACAGGAAGAAGAUGGAGAACUUAGGAACUUGCUAGUUAACAAAAAAAGAAAAAAAAAAUGGUUCGGGUGAGUGCCCGCUGUCCCCUUAUCCUCCGCUGCCCACCCCACCCCCGCCGGCCUUUCCGGACUCCAGUCCAGGCUUUGCUCUGAGCCCGCAGCACGGCGCAGCCCGGCCUCUAGCGAGAGCCAAUCAGAGGGCGCCUCUCAGCACGUGGAGGAGAGAGACUCCAGAGCUCCGCGCCCGCAGCUCACUACACUUGUUACUGCUUGUCCUGAGCGCUGAGAGGGCGAGCUCGGGCCGCGGGCAGGGCGGGAGCCAGCAGCCGGCAAGCAAGGGAGGCAGAGAGGCAGAGAUCGCAGUAAUACCCAUUAUAACCAGCCAUCUAACCCCACUCCCCAACACACACCCAUCCAUCCCACCCUCCAGGAGAGGCAGCCAGCGGCCCGGCUCUCUGCGGCCAGGGAAAAAGCCCCAGCCAUGAGCAAUCAGUACCAGGAGGAGGGCUGCUCCGAGAGGCCCGAGUGCAAAAGUAAAUCUCCAACUUUGCUCUCCUCCUACUGCAUCGACAGCAUCCUGGGCCGGAGGAGCCCAUGCAAAAUGCGGCUGCUGGGAGCCGCGCAGAGCUUGCCCGCCCCACUGGCCAGCCGCGCCGACCAAGAAAAGGCCGUGCAAGGUAAGGCUGCGCCCGCCAGGCACCUGCAAAGAGCGCUGGGCACUGGGAGCCCCCGCCCCCUCCCGCUGCGGGCUGUUGGGGCACGGCCCGCGCGCUCGGGGCCACCGGGCCGCUUCCUCGGCCCCCGCAGGGGUCGCCCACGGGCAGCGCCCCUCUCGCCGGCCUGGGCCUGCGGGGCAGAGCAGCGGGCAGAGGUCGUGCGCAAAGUUUUCAGGAUCAGCCAGGCACCGCAGGUGAGCAUCAGCCGCAGCAAGUCGUACCGCGAGAACGGGGCGCCCUUCGUGCCGCCACCGCCCGCGCUGGACGAGCUGGGUGGCCCGGGGGGCGCCGCGCACCCGGACGAGCGCCUCGGCGCGGCCAGCGGCCCCGGUGGCGCCCCGGCGGCGGGUGGCGGUACGGGCGCCGAGGACGACGAGGAGGAGUUGCUGGAGGAUGAAGAGGACGAAGACGAGGAAGAGGAGCUGUUGGAGGACGACGAGGAGGAGCUGUUGGAGGACGACGCCCGCGCGCUGCUCAAGGAGCCCCGGCGCUGCGCCGUGGCCGCCACUGGUGCGGUGGCCGCCGCCGCCGCCGCCGCCGCCGCCGCCGCCGCGGCCACCGAGGGCGGGGAGCUAUCGCCUAAGGAGGAGCUCCUGCUGCACCCUGAGGACGCUGAGGGCAAGGACGGCGAGGACAGCGUGUGUCUGUCUGCGGGCAGCGAUUCCGAGGAGGGGCUGCUGAAGCGCAAACAGCGGCGCUACCGCACCACGUUCACCAGCUACCAGCUGGAGGAACUGGAGCGGGCCUUCCAGAAGACGCACUACCCAGACGUCUUCACUAGGGAGGAAUUGGCCAUGAGGCUGGACUUGACGGAGGCCCGAGUCCAGGUCUGGUUCCAGAACCGUCGGGCAAAGUGGCGCAAGCGGGAGAAGGCGGGCGCGCAGACCCAUCCUCCCGGGCUGCCCUUCCCCGGGCCGCUCUCGGCCACCCACCCGCUGAGCCCCUACCUGGACGCCAGCCCCUUCCCUCCGCACCACCCAGCGCUCGACUCGGCCUGGACGGCCGCCGCCGCCGCCGCCGCCGCCGCCUUCCCGAGCCUACCUCCGCCUCCUGGCUCGGCCAGCCUGCCGCCCAGCGGGGCGCCGCUGGGCCUGAGCACUUUCCUCGGAGCCGCUGUGUUCCGACACCCGGCCUUCAUCAGCCCUGCGUUCGGCAGGCUCUUUUCCACCAUGGCCCCCCUGACCAGCGCGUCGACCGCGGCCGCGCUCCUGAGACAGCCCACGCCGGCCGUGGAGGGCGCGGUGGCGUCGGGCGCGCUGGCCGACCCGGCCACCGCGGCCGCAGACAGACGCGCCUCUAGCAUAGCGGCGCUGAGGCUCAAGGCCAAGGAGCACGCCGCGCAGCUCACGCAGCUCAACAUCCUGCCGGGCACCAGCACGGGCAAGGAGGUGUGCUAAAGGCUGCCCUCCACCCUCGCGCCCCGGGCGCACCCCGAAAGGUCACCUCACUCAGCACCACUCAAGACCAAAUGGAAACAGAGGACCAGCACACUCCCGAGACGGCACUGAGAGAGCGCAGCCGCCUUCGCAGCAGCCUGGAUGCGGGCAAGGCAGCCCCUGGCGCUCCCGGACGUGGCACCUCCUCGGCUGGCUGUCCACCCGCCCCUGCCCUUGCCCCUGCCCCCUGUCCCCGCCACUGCCAACCUCGCUCCCCCUCUAACGUCCACUCUCUCCCGUUCUUAUUUUGCUGAAAAUAUCGGGGAGGUUUUCUCUCCAAGACGCCUGGUACUGAAGUUAAAAAAUUUAAAAACCCAACCCCCCUUCCUCCUGGCACCCCACUUAGCUUUUUUUUUUUAACAGCAUUUUGGCGCUCUAAGUUGAUCUCCCCAGCGUGGGCCCCGGUGUGAAGCCAGGGCCAGGGAAGCGAAUGCGAAUCUGUAAGAUAGCUAACAGUGCACUUAACAGAAAGGGGCGUCUUGUUCUUGUUCUCUUCUUUAUCAUACACCAACCAAGGUUUUUAUAUCAAACCAAAGGGAAAUACUCUGCUAGAAUAUGGACUGUUGAAGUCACCAAACUGUGAUUAUUGAUUCUGUACAUACCAUUGUUAUUAAAAAAAAAAAAAGAACAGAGCUUUGUAUAUUUGAAAUGUUAUAACGCAAUUGCACUCAGCGUGGUAUGGUAAAAGUCCGUCCUCCUGUAGAUUCUUACUGUGUUGUAGAUACGGUAGGGUUCCUAGACAAAUAUUUAUGUACUCAAGCCCUUUAUUUAACUUAUUAACUGUAGAGGCUUCCGAAACCUUCAAGAUAAAGGCAAUGGUACAGUACUUUUGUGUAAUGUGUAAUUGUUAUCACUUUUCCUUGCUAUCUAGUGGAGAAGUGUCACGCUCAAAAUAAAAAAAAAAUUAUAUGUUUA